AUGUCGAUACCAAACGCGGCUCUGCAGAAGCUUCUGCAAGAAGUCGAGACGCAAGCACUCGUGUCUCAGCAGAAGAUCCAAGAAACACAGGCGCAGCUCAAUGCUCGCAAGCGUGAAGCACGACUCAAUCAGCUCACAAGCAAUGAGUUGGCUACCCUUAGCAAGGACACCAACGUCUACGAAGGCGUAGGCAAGAUGUUCGUUGCCGUGCCCACCAAGGCCCUCAACAGCCGCCUGUCGACCGAGUCAACCGCACUGAAGAAGGACAUCACUGAUCUCGAGAAGAAAUUGCACUAUCAAGAGACCACCUUCAGAAACAGCCGCGAACAUAUCGACAAGAUUCUACAGUCAGGUGCCCGGUAG